AAAAAAAACUUUAGGUGUGAUUCUUUCCCCAAAAAAGGAGUUCUUGAAAAAUCAAAGCAUCUCUCCUCUUCCUAAACAUCGACGAGAGCAGAGUUCUUGACGCCAUCAAGAUUCAAAAAGGAGCAACUAUGGCUGGAGAACUUAUGUCGUUUGGUAUGCAAAAGCUUUGGGACCUAUUAAGUCAAGAAUGCGAACGAUUCCAGGGAGUCGAAGAUCAAGUUACUGAACUAAAAGGAGAUCUAAAAUUGUUAAGUUCUUUCCUAAAAGAUGCGGAUGCAAAGAAACAUACAAGUGCGGUGGUGAAAAAUUGUGUAGAAGAGAUCAAGGAAAUUAUCUAUGAUGGAGAGGAUACUAUCGAAACUUUUCUUAUCAAGCAAAAAAUCAGCGAAACGAGUGGCAUCAAGAAGAGUAUCAUAAGACUUGCUUGCAUUAUUCCAGAUCGUAGGAAAAUCACGUUAGAUAUGGGAGGCAUAAGUAAAAGGAUCUCCAAGGUGAUACGAGAUAUGCAGAGUUUUGGAGUACAACAGAUGAUCACUGAUGGUGGGUAUAUGAUACCUCUACGUGAUAGACAAAAGGAGAUGCGACAAACAUUUUAUAAGGACAACGAAAGUGGUUUUGUGGCAUUGGAGGCAAAUGUUAAGAAAUUGGUUGGAUAUCUUUUGGAGGAAGGUGACUAUCAAGUGGUUUCCAUAACUGGAAUGGGUGGUCUUGGUAAAACCACCCUUGCUAGACAAGUUUUUAAUCACGAUGAUGUAAAACGUCAGUUUGAUGGCCUCGUGUGGGUUUGUGUUUCACAAGAUUUUACACGGAAGAAUGUAUGGCAAAAGAUCUUGAAGGAUCUCAAACCUAAAGAAGAAGAAGCUAAAAUCUUGGAGAUGACAGAAGAUACACUCCAAAGUGAACUAAUUCGAUUAUUGGAAACAUCUAAGUCGUUAAUUGUCCUUGACGACAUAUGGAGAAAGGAAGAUUGGGAAGUAAUCAAGUCAAUAUUUCCACUGACAAAAGGUUGGAAAGUGUUGCUUACUUCUCGAAAUGAAAGUAUCGUUGCGCCUAGAAAUACAACACAUAUUAACUUAAAACCAGAAUGCCUAACUAGUGAUGAAAGUUGGACACUUUUUCAAAGGAUAGCUCUUCCUAUAAAAGAUGCAUCUCAAAUUAAGAUUAGUGAGGAAAUGGAAGAGAUGGGUAAGCAAAUGAUCAAACAUUGUGGAGGUCUACCAUUGGCUAUCAAAGUGUUGGGAGGUUUGUUAGCUGAAAAAUACACACUGGAUAACUGGAGAAGAUUAUCUGAGAAUAUUGGAUCUCAUCUCGUGGGAGGAAGAACUGAUUUUAAUGAAGACAACAACAAUUCAUGUAAUUAUGUAUUGUCUCUGAGCUUUGAAGAAUUGCCAAGUUAUUUGAAGCACUGUUUCCUCUACUUGGCUCAUUUCCCAGAAGAUCAUAAGAUAAACGUAGAGAAUUUGUCAUAUUACUGGGCAGCAGAAGGUAUAUUUGAACAUAGGCAUUACGAUGGAGAGACUAUUCGAGAUGUUGGAGAUGUCUACAUAGAGGAAUUGGUGAGAAGAAAUCUAGUCAUUGCUGAAAGAGAAGCUACGAGUUUGAGAUUCGAGACAUGUCAUUUGCAUGACAUGAUGAGAGAGGUUUGUUUGUUAAAAGCCAAAGAGGAGAACUUCCUACAAAUUACCAGUACCCGCCCUCAAACCGCAAAGUUUCACUCUCCUACAUCUCGCAGAUUCGUCUCACAAUAUCCUACGACAUUACAUGUUGAGAGAGAGAUAAACAAUCCAAAACUUCGGUCUCUCGUGGUUAUUCAGGAUUACUGGGGGAAAAGUUGGAAACUAUCAUGUUCAACCUAUACAAAGUUAGGAUGUCUAAGGGUAUUAGAUCUCUUUAAAGCCAAGUUUGAAGGAAAGUUACCUUCUGCAAUUGGAAAGCUCAUACACUUAAGAUACUUGAGCUUGGAAGAUACUAAGGUAUCUCAUAUACCUUCUUCUCUAGGAAAUUUGAAGUUGCUGAUCUAUCUAAACUUAAAUAUACAUUAUGGUGUGGAAUCUAUAUUUAUUCCCAAUGUUUUGGUGGGGAUACAAGAAUUGAGAUACCUUGCAUUACCAUUUUCUAUGGGGAGAGGAACAAAAUUAGAAUUGAGUAAUCUAGUAAACUUGGAGACCCUGAAAAAUUUCUCAACAAAGCAUAGCAUGUUGGAGGAUCUACGUGGUAUGGUCAAGCUGAGGACUCUCACCAUCAAACUAUUUGAGGAGAAGAGUAUGGAAACUCUACCUGCAUCAAUAGGUGGACUGCAAUAUUUGGAAAAUCUUGAUAUACAGGUAGUUCAUAGGAGGGUAGAAGAAGAAAUAGUUUUGGAUUUCACUCAUGUAAAAAAGAUGAGUUUGGAGAUAAUUAUGCGAAGACUUCCUAAAGAAGAACACUUUCCUUCUCGCCUAAUGAUAUUAGAUCUAGGAUCAUGUCUUUUAAUGGAGGAUCCAAUGCCGAUUCUUGAGAAAUUGAUUCAGUUAAAAGAGGUUCGUUUAGGGAUUUUUGCCUUCCGCGGGCGGAGAAUGGUUUGCUCGAGCAGUGGGUUUCCUCAGUUGCAGAAGCUUGAUAUAGAUAGACUAGAGGAAUGGGAAGAGUGGAUAGUUGAAGAAGGGUCCAUGCACCUUCUUCAUACUUUGGUUAUUACGGAAUGUCAAAAAUUAAAAGAGGUUCCUGAUGCGUUGCAAUUCAUCUGUUCUUUAAAGAAUUUAGAAAUGGACAUGGAAUGGAAGGAGAGACUGUCUGUGGGAGGAGCAGAUUAUUACAAAGUCAAACAUGUCCCUUCUGUUAAAUUCAGAGAUAUCAACUAGGAAUGUACCAGACGAAAUUGAUAAGAUUGAAGCUGCCUUAUCAGAAUCUCCUCCCAUGCAAAAUCUUGGUCAUUUGCCUAUCUACACAUAAUAAACUCUUCUUGAUGUGUUUGUUUUUUUUUCUACUUGCUUUUUGUAUAAUCAAAGGUACUUUCUGAUUUCUGUUGGGGAGUAUCAUGAAAUAGUAACUAAAAAAUUUACGCUUUCGUAUCAACAUUGGUUUCAUAUCAGAAUGAUCUCAACACUCAUAGACGUCUAGAUAGUGUUUUGCUUAUUCUAUCUGAGUAUCUUUGUUUCUCUUUCUUGAAACUUUUAGUUUGUUCUAUCCAUAUCGUUUUUGUUUGAUCUUCAAGCCUCUGAGCAUCUACUGACACCACUAGAUCAUCAUGAGUACCCUUCUUCGCGGAGCCAUUAUAGACGAAGCUCAACCAAGACUGAGAGUCUGAGAGCUCACAGAUAAGACUUUGACAUUGUCAUUGUGGCUUCUGUAUAAAGUUAAGCUCUCCAAGUCUUAGCUUUGUAAAAGGUUCGUUUAUC